AUUUUUCCUACUUCCGGUGUGUUUCAUUAGUUUCUGUCCCCCAAAAAUGGCGAACGUUGCUGCUGUCGCUGCUGCUGCCGCCGCCGCCGCUGCAGCUGCUGCGGCGGCGGGUCGAGACCCAGCCGUCGACCGUUCAUUGAGAUCAGUGUUCGUGGGCAACAUUCCCUAUGAAGCCACAGAGGAACAGUUAAAAGACAUCUUCUCUGAAGUGGGACUUGUGGUUAGCUUCAGGUUAGUGUAUGACAGGGAGACGGGAAAACCUAAGGGUUAUGGCUUCUGCGAAUACCAAGACCAGGAGACUGCGCUUAGCGCCAUGCGGAACCUCAACGGCAGAGAGUUCAGUGGUCGGGCCCUUCGUGUUGACAACGCAGCCAGUGAGAAAAACAAGGAAGAGCUUAAAAGUUUGGGAACUGGAGCGCCCAUUAUUGAGUCACCCUAUGGGGACGCCGUGUCCUCAGAGGAGGCUCCGGAGUCCAUCAGUCGAGCUGUGGCCAGUCUACCACCAGAACAGAUGUUUGAACUCAUGAAACAGAUGAAGCUGUGCGUCCAGAACAGUCCCCAGGAGGCGAGGAACAUGCUUCUCCAGAACCCUCAGCUGGCUUACGCUCUGCUGCAGGCCCAGGUCGUCAUGCGCAUCGUCGAUCCUGAAAUCGCCUUGAAAAUGCUUCACCGCCAAACCACGGUCCAGUCGCUGGUCCCCAGCGGUCAAGGAGGAGCAGCAGCAGCGCCCGUCAAUCCAGCACCAGCACAGCCCAACACUCAGCAGCAGCAGCAGCCUGUGGCUGGAAUGCACGUCAACGGAGCACCUCCCAUGAUGCAGCCUCCCAACAUGGGUGUAGUCCCUGGAGCCAUGCCUGGACCUGGACAAGGGCCGGCCCCGGGACUGGUUGGCCCUCCAGGAAACCUUCAGCAUUCUCCCACAGGAGCGUCUGCACAAGCUGCUAUGGAGCGGCCGCAAGGAGGAGGCGGCAUCCCCCCCAGAGGUCUCCUGGGCGACGGCCCCAAUGAUCCCAGAGGGGGCAGCCUGCUGUCCGUCACAGGAGAGACCAUUGAGCCCAAUCGAGGAUACAUGGGGGCACCUCCUCCCCACUCUGCGGCGCCCGUGCACAUGGCCCCAAUGGGAGCUGGACCACCACCGGAUAUGAGAGGGCCUCCUAUGGACAUGAGAGGCCCGCCUAUGGGUGAACCCCGAAACAUGAUGGGUGACCCAAGAGGGCCUCCUAUGAUGGAGCAGCGGGGACCUCCGAUGGAAAACAGAGGUCGCGAUCCCAGAGCGAUGGACACGCGCGGUCCUGUGGCGGCCCAGAGGGUUCCCAUGGCACCGGGAAUGCCAGGCCCCAUUCCCCACAACAUGGGCCCCAGCGUGCCACUUCCUCAGAGACUGGGUCCGGGUAUUCCUGGAGUCCCUCCGUCAGGAGCAGGUGGUUUCAGCCCUGGCCAGAGCCAAGUUUCCACACAGGACCAAGAAAAGGCGGCGCUGAUCAUGCAGGUGCUGCAGCUGACCCCAGAACAGAUUGCCAUGUUGCCCCCCGAGCAGAGGCAGAGCAUCCUCAUCCUCAAAGAGCAGAUCCAGAAAACUGCAGGAGGUGCACCUUGAUUGUCUGACAGUGCAAAGGUCAGUCUGCCCUCCACCUGAAGAUCUCAUUAGUUUGGAGAAUUGUAUAGAUUGUUGUUGUUCUUUUGUGGAUUCACUCACCUCAUGUUUCAUCUUUUAUUUCACCCCACAUGUGAAAUCCACCAUUUCAUCAAUAAAAGCAAACAAAACAAAA